AUGAGGCAGGUAGUCGUGUUGGAGCCAGCGGGCAGCGUUCUGGUCAUCAGACAGACCUCCCUGGGUGGCAGCGGCAAUGUCAACUCCAGCCCAACGGGUACCAAUGACACUCACGCCUUGGUCAAUCACGCCGCCGUUUCUACGAUCGCCUCCAAUGAUCACAAUCAAAACAGGAUAGUCGUGGUGCGCUCGUCUACCUCGUCCACCUGCAUGACCAGUUCGGCCGACAAUCACGUAUCGACCAACGGCAAUAGCAACAUCAACAUUAACACGAACAUUAAUGGGAACCCGGGAGGCAUCAGCUGCAAACCAUCGUCGAAAGUCGGAAUUGGUGGCGGUGCCUGCAAGCCAAAUGAGAGAAACGAUCACCUACGAAACGAGCACAAAAACCAGGAAGGAGUCGCUAACAGCAACGAGACAAACCCUGCCGCUGGAUGUCGUCCAAGGACAAGCAAGGAAGCCGUUCAUGAGAACGUCGUCUCCGACAGGAAGCUCGAUAGCGCGGAUCCUAUCUCGCAUGGCGACCCGAUAAAGCUCCCCGAAAAUCUGGAAACCUUGCCGCGAGCUGAACACUUUCCAACUCAGAGGCAUCGAUGGAACACCAACGAGGAAAUCGCCGCCAUCCUAAUCAGUUUUCAGAGGCAUGCCGAAUGGCAAAGUCGGGAGGUAAAAGUACGACCACGAAGUGGUUCAAUGUUACUGUACUCGAGGAAGAAAGUACGCUACCGGCGGGAUGGUUAUUGUUGGAAAAAAAGAAAAGAUGGAAAAACUACACGGGAGGAUCACAUGAAACUGAAGGUUCAGGGUGUCGAGUGCAUCUACGGCUGUUACGUGCACUCGGCGAUCCUUCCAACGUUUCAUCGCCGGUGUUACUGGCUACUGCAGAAUCCGGACGUGGUUCUCGUCCAUUAUCUGAAUGUCCCUUAUCCGGACGGUGAUGCGAAGCUGGCAGCCCUACCACCCUGUCUCGCACUGCCACCUGAUAAGAAGGAGUGGACGCGAGACGAGCUAGCAUCUCAAUUAAGGCCCAUGUUCCUCGGUGGAGAUGACGAUCCAAACAAUCCUCAUCUCACGCAGCACUCGAACCAUCCCGUCGACAUGAUAGUCUCUCAGCUGCUCGAUAGACAGAGGGCAUCCUCCACUUCUUCCACCAGCAGCACUCAACUUGCACCUAGGAGACUUACGCCCGACAAUCAGGUCUCUUCGACAACGGGAGGUCAACAACAAUCGACGACGGCGGCUCCGGCUCCCCGCGUAUAUUCAAGACAUUCCCAUUCUACUCAGAGUCAACAGCCGGCUCCUCUAGUUUUAAGUUUGCAACAAAUUCAAGGCGGUGGUGGUCUUCUGAUACUCAACAGUCAACCAUAUCAUCAUCAACAGCAACAGCAGCAACAGCAGCAGCAGCAGCAGCAACCGCAACAACAGCAACCGCAGCAACCGCAGCAGCAGCAGCAGCAACAGCAACAACAACAGCAGCAGCAAAGUCAGCAGGUAGAAAUGCAACAGGUCACAGAGCAACAAAUCGUACCGCAGACCAGCGUCGAUCGGGAACAGCAGACGCAGCAAGAAAUCGACGCACAGGAAAGUUUGGAUAGAUCUGCUGUACAGUCUCUACCAAUGGGCGGUUCUGGUUCCGAGGUGACCGAUUUUGCGGAGACGCUGGAUCUGAGUCAGGAAGAUAUUCAGAGAACACUGUCGGCCAACAUGGUGCCUCCGUCGCCGUCGCCUUCGCCGGCGGACAACAACAUGAUCAAUCCGAUGGAUUUUAUCGACUCGUCGGACGACGUGCUGGUCAAUCUGGACGCAUUCGACGUGUUCGGUGAUUUGCCGGAGCUGCACGACUUCGAGGCCGAGCAGACGAAGCACGAGGAACAGCGAGGUAGUUCCGAGAACGACGUCGGAUGUCAUCCUGGUACAACCGUCCAUAUUGCAGAAUAUAGUCCUGAGUGGAGUUACACCGAGGGUGGUGUAAAGGUAUUAGUUGCUGGUCCGUGGACCGGCGGUAGUGGUUCUCAGUCGUAUUCGGUACUUUUCGACGCGGAACCGGUCGAGGCGUGCCUCGUGCAACCAGGUGUAUUGCGUUGUCGAUGUCCCGCACACGCACCAGGAAUAGCGUCCCUCCAGGUGGCCUGUGACGGUUUCGUCGUGUCUGAUAGCGUUGCCUUCGAAUAUCGUAGAGCGCCGACAAGCGAACCUAGCCCAGAGAAAGCUCUGCUGGACCGUCUUGCGGAUGUCGAGGCCCGUCUGCAGGGUCCGGGUCCGCCGUCUCCUGCAGCUCAUCUGGAAGAGCGACUGGUUGCUUAUUGCCAGGAUGCUGUUGUCCGUCCUUGGCGAACUGGAGCAGAACCUCUUCAAUCCGGUGGGCCUACCCUUCUGCACCUGGCGGCCGGAUUGGGAUACUCCAGGUUAGCCUGUGCACUCCUUCACUGGAGAGCAGAAAAUCCUAGUAAUGUUUUAGACGCCGAGGUUGAUGCUCUUAGGCAGGACAGCGCCGGCCUUACGCCACUUGCUUGGGCAUGUGCGGCAGGGCACGCCGACACCGCCAGAAUUCUUUACAGAUGGAAUGCUAUGGCACUACGCGUGAGGGACUGUCAGAAUAGAAUGGCGACUGAGCUGGCCGCGGAGAACGGUCACACGGCGAUUGCCGAAGAACUGAAUCAACUCGAGACCCGAAGGCAAGACGAGAGGCUUUUCUUGCGACCCGCCAGCCCUAGCCCUAGGCGGCCAUCUCAAGACAGCGGUCUCGAUCUAGCGUUGUGUGGUUCGCCGCUGCUGGACAACAUGGAAUUGUUGCAAGAAGAUGAGUCGUCAUUAGGCCUCAGCGAACAGGGAAUGGAGAGCGCUCCGACCCCUCAAGAAACCGUAGGGGAAGAAGACGCGAGGGUGCUGACAUUGGCAGAGCAAAUUAUAGCGGCGCUACCGGAAAGGAUCAAGAGGGCGGAGGGUGAUUCUCCGUCUUCUUCCUCACCACCACCACUCACAGCGCCUCUGUCACCCUUAGAAGAUGCUCUCAUGGAACAAAUGCCUCUCGACUCCGGGGAACUGUUCGACUCGUAUCGUGACUGCAGUGGCGGCGCCGCUUCAGUCUCGGACGCCGAUGCCGACGCCAGUCCCUCGAGUCCCUCCAGCAGUUGUUUGACGCCAGAUUCGCCGUCUCCGCCGCCCAUCACCGCUGAAUUCUGCGACUUUCUGAAACUACAAUUGCAGCUCGACAGCAAUGGUAACGCUCACAGUGGUCAGUACUACUCGCCGAACGGCGGUGGCGAGCGCAAAUUGAACGGCAUGAUCGGUUCCGGAGCCAUGACGGCGAUCAGUGUCGGAAAUGGCGAUGGCAACGGUGAAGCGGAUCUCAGCAGAUUGACGCUGUCCGAUCGCGAACAGAGAGAACUUUAUCAUGCCGCUAGAAUGAUCCAGAAAGCAUACAGAAAUUACAAGGGUCGCCAGAGGCAGGAGGAGGCUGAAAGGCAUGCCGCCGUUCUAAUUCAACAGUACUAUCGUCGUCACAAACAGUACGCUUAUCACAGGCAAGCUACGAAGGCAGCGCUGGUAAUCCAGAACAACUAUCGAAAUUAUCGCUCGCGACCGGGCUCGGCCAGCACGAGGCAACAGGCGGUCCAUCAGCAGGCGGCUCAUCAGGCAGCGAGGAAGAUCCAACAAUUUAUGCGGCAGUCCAAGAUCAAGCUGCAGAACGCCAAGGCCGUCGCAAACGGGAGCGGGAGGCUGCCAGCGGUCAUUUUACGGGCGGCUGCUGUCCCCCAAAGCUCGCCCUCAUCUAGCCCAGGGGCCAGCCUAGUAGUCGCCAGCCCGGGGGUCACCUAGUUGACAGUCAGUCCAACGGCACGCGGAGCAGCGGCGACGACAAUUCGGUAGCGAAAUAACACAGCCGGUGACGAGAGCCGUUGGAACGAGGCCCCGGAGCGGCCGUCGUGACGCUCUGAGGGAGUAUGCGAGGUCGUUAACGACGACUACAACUAUUGCGAGAGGGUACCAGACGUACGACACGGAUGAUAUACGAUUUUGUUCUCUGCGUCUCUGAUUUGCGUACCCGAUGGUCGAUCAACGUCAAGUCUUACCUAUUCAAUCUUUUUUGUCCCUCACACCAUUAUUAAAUUAACACCGCGUCUCAAUUCUCAACCGCUCGUUCAUUUCGCUUGUAUCUUACGCUAUUAUCGCACUGUACGCGUCCCUGCAUCUUUCUCGAGCGAGUAUUGGAGUAGCAGUAAAUAGGCGAACCUAUCGUAAGUAGAUUUGCUAAAAAUCUAUACGAAAUCGAUCGACUGAAAAAGCUUGUAGAAUACAUUUCUCCUCUCUCGCUUAAAAUACAAAAUAUAUGUAUUCAGCGUAUCGUGUCUCUUCAAGAGUACGAGAUCCGUUUGGUCCGACAUAUACGUUGAUUCCUUGCUAUACAACAUCGCGACAACAUCGAAGUUGACGAGCCGUUCCCGUGAUAUUUUAUUAAAUCCUUGUAUGCACCGAGCUGAAUCGCACAAAAUUGUUGUCGCUUUCGUAGGUUCAAAUAGCUUGUGAAUUUGCCACCGGCAGAUUCUACGGGAAACCGCAGGUCCUUUCAAAACGAAAUAUUUCUUCUCUUUAUAAGUGUAGACAUGUGUUUUUCCUUUGAUGGUAUCGGUCGAUCGGAUUCGAGCCUUCUUUGAACGAAGAACAUAUAGACUGAUUAUAUAAAUUUUGAAAAUUGUAACA